UUCGAAUCAUCUGACCAAAUGUAUCCGGGCGAGUCGUGGUUUCGAGCAGAGCAGUCGGUCGCGACUCGCGGCACCGCUGGCGUGACCGGCGCGACCUGCGCGACCUGCAUGACCUGGUACAUGAGCCGGGUGCUGCUACGUCGGCAUCCUCACGCGCAGGAGGUGCUUGCUCGGUUCCAAAGCUUAUGGUCAGCUCCCUUGUGCGUGUGCCUGGAGCUUGAGGCUGAUGGAAGGUCAACAUUGAGGCAGAUGUCUGGAGGAGUAACUGGAACCUACCUAGACAUCUCGUAGACCUAGGGCCUCCGAUGUCA